UUUUUUCUUAUUCUGUCCUUCCAGAACCAUAAAAAUUCACUGAUGGGUGACAAAAAUCCGUCUUCCGCCCUCGGCAACAAUACCGAUGUCUCCACAACCACCGCCAAAAUAAACAACAUUGCCAUGGUGCUUACAUUAGUAUUCGUCUUCCUCGUUUUCAUCUUUAGCAUAUUGCUUUACAUCUAUACCCACAAAAGCUUGAUAGGAAGGUCCACAACCCGCCGCCGCCGCGCGGCACAAACCCAUUUGAUCUUCGCAACCGGCGACGCCCCAAUUCCCACACUUGGCCUCAAUCCUUCCAUCCUCCUCUCUCUUCCCAUCACUAUCUACCGGCCGAAUGAUUUCGAAGAAAGUCUGGAAUGCGCCGUUUGUCUUUCAGAACUCAGCGACGGAGAAAAGGUUCGGCGGCUUCCGAAUUGUAACCAUGGCUUCCAUCUAGAAUGCAUUGACAUGUGGUUUUACUCCCACUCCACUUGCCCUCUUUGUCGUUGCGCUGUCGGGUUGUCGGAGUCAGCCGGUUCAGAUACAGAGUUGGCUAUUCCGAUUCCAGAUCGGUCGACAGAGAUGUAUCAGCUGUCUCUGCCACGGUUGAAUUCGAGUAGGUCUCAAGUGGAGGAAAUGAAGACGUUUGAUGCGGAGAGAUCGCCGGCGAGGUUAAAUGUGGGAUCUUUGAAGAGGAUUAUGAGCGGAGAAAAGAUGGUUGGAGGCUCGUGCUGCAGCAACCAUGGGGUUUGUGAUAUUGAGCAGGGAUUGAUGGGAUGUGGAGAGGUAAAUGGGGUAGGAAGCUCGGUUCUUCCAAUAAGGGAAAAGGGGCUUUCCUAACCUGUUUUUUUUUCUAGGGAAAUUUAUUUUAUAG